CCAAAGUAGAGUUUUUAUCUGAUUAUAUAGAAACAAAGACUAGUUCCGGUUUGAUAUAUAGAAGAAAGAAAAAGGAUGGAUAGGAAUAAUAAAGAAGAUAAACCGGUUCAAAAGGUAGUAAAUGAGAAUGCAGGUAUGCAGCUUAUCUCUACAAUGGCCUCUUCAUCACAUGUCGCCAAUUUGUUUAGGUACAGUGUCUCUUCAUAUUUACAUAAAUAGAUAUCUCUCUCUCUCUCUCUCUCUAAACCACAUCUUCCUCUCCACCGUUCUUUCUCUUCCUUCUCUCUCUGGACUUCAACUUCUGGAGAAGUACAAGACAUUUAUAAAGUACUGCUCAUCACCCAACACUAAACACAAUUGUCAAAAGGGUGUGGUGGAAGGAGAAUCUACUUCUAUCUGAACAUCGAUCAGUCAUAUCUUUUCAAUCAAAUCAAAGCCCUCCUCUCUCUCUUACUCCUUUUUUGUUUUAAAUCAAGAAAAAGACUCCAUGUCGAGCAUGUCCAUGUCGUCCUCCUCAGCUCCAGCUUUUCCACCGGACCACUUCUCAUCUACGGACCAGCUCUGUUACGUCCAUUGCAGCUUCUGCGACACUGUCCUUGCUGUGAGUGUUCCUCCGAGUAGUUUGUUCAAGACGGUGACGGUCAGAUGCGGCCACUGUUCGAACCUUUUGUCGGUGACCGUGAGCAUGAGAGCUCUUCUUCUUCCAUCCGUUUCCAACCUUGGCCAUUCCUUUUUACCUCCCCCUCCUCCUCCUCCUCCUCCAAAUCUUUUGGAGGAAAUGCGAAGCGGAGGGCAGAAUAUAAACAUGAACAUGAUGAUGAGCCAUCACGCUUCAGCUCACCACCCGAACGAGCAUUUGGUUAUGGCGACUCGCAACGGAAGAUCAGUGGAUCAUCUACAAGAGAUGCCUCGGCCACCACCAGCCAAUAGACCCCCAGAGAAGCGACAAAGAGUACCAUCUGCAUACAACCGAUUCAUCAAAGAGGAGAUCCAACGUAUAAAGGCAGGCAACCCUGAUAUCAGCCACAGAGAAGCCUUCAGUGCUGCUGCCAAAAACUGGGCUCAUUUCCCUCACAUACACUUUGGACUCAUGGCUGACCAUCCUCCCACGAAGAAGGCUAACGUGCGCCAACAGGAAGGAGAGGAUGGGAUGAUGGGAAGAGAAGGGUUUUACGGUUCAGCUGCCAACGUUGGGGUGGCCCAUAACUAGCUACGAAGACUUUCCCAAUCUUUUGUAAUCUUCAAAAUGUGGUUACUUUCAGCUCAAACUUAACUUUCUUAUUACUAUUUUAUGAUAUUUGAUAAUCGAUCAGGAGACCUUUUUUUUUUUUCUUAAAGAAAUUUUCGGAACUACUAGAAUUUUCUCUUGGAAUUGAAAAUAUAUUGUUUUCUCAGUUGCCGUGUUAUAUAUUUAAUAUCAAAAGCAUGCAGUAGCUAAGCUAGCUAGGCUUUACCAUACGUUAAUGAUA